GUUAGACUCCGCCUUGUUUUGGUUGGCCUGGAAACCGUCGUAGCGUUCUUAGCUGUGAAGUUGGAGGACGUCAAUCGGUGCAGGAAAGAAUGAAAGCGUCGCUCCCUGGACUAAGUUCUUGCUUGCACAAUGAGAGACAUUUCCAUGCAUGAGAAUGCCAACAGGUGAGAGUGAAGACCGGGCAAAGACCCGUGAAAGAUUCAAUGAGGUGUUCAAGAAAUACACUGAGGUAGAGAAGAAAAAGCAGAAGAAGACAAAGGCAGAAGCUCAGGAGACUAUUGUGCUUCAAAAUCUGAAGAAGAACCUCAACCUUGAAAAAGAUACAGGAGAUGAUGAGACUAUCCUCCAAAACACAUAUGACCCAGACCAGGGUAGCCCUCGCUUCACUAAGAACAAAAGGAGAGAGAGGGAGACAGCAGAAAAGGUUAAUAUCAAAAACAAUAAAAACCAGGAGGACGUUCAGCCUUCAAAAAGCAAGAGGAAGAGUAAGAGGGACCUUCCUUCUCUUCCUGGAGCUGAGGACACCAACACAAGUUUUGUCCAGAAGGAUGCUGACACUUCCAGAUCUAAGCUCUCAUCAGACGGCAUCAGUUCUGGAAAGGAGCCAAAGCAGAGAAGUAAAAAGGGAAGGGGCAAAGGGCAUGACAAAGCAAAUGUAGAGAGACAUGUGGAGGACACAGAGGAUAAGCUGCUUCAUGACUACCAGCAGCAGAUUGCACAGGAGGAGGAGAGAACAUCGAGAAAGACAAAAGUUAAAACAGAAGAUGAGAGCACUGUCUCUCAAAAUAUUGCACUAAAUAAUGAUGCUGGGAAGAAGAAAAAGAAGAAGCUGAAAUCUGUAAUGACAGAUUCAGAUGUAGGAGACCAAGUUGAAUGUACAGACCAGAAUCUAGAGGAGGAAAAUGAUACAGAAACCAAGGCAAAAAAGAGGAAGAAGAAAAAAAAGCAUGUUGUUAAAGAAGACAGUGAAACAGAGGCAGAAGUUCCACAGAGACCAACAUUUGAUGACAACCUUGUGCUGGGAGUGUACAUCCACAGGACUGAUCGCCUGGAGACAGACCUGCUGAUCUCACAUCCCAUGGUGAAGAUCCAUGUUGUUGAUGAAAUCACUCGACAGUAUGUAAAGAAAGAAGACAGUCAUCGAUCGGUCUCCUCUUUUUAUGAGCAUGAGAAUGUGGAUCACAUUCUACCCAUCAUGACUCUACCCUUCAACUUCAAAAAGAAUAAAUCAAUCAUCCCUGAGUGGCAGGAGCAGAUCAUCUUCAAUGAACGUUUUGGUUACUUUGUUGAACAGAAUGAUGAAAGCCCCAGAGUCAUUCUCUUCUUUGAAAUCCUGGAUUUCGUAAGUAUGGAAGAAGUAAGAGCCAAUAUCAACACUGACAGACAUGAACGAGGAUUCAGAAAGAUUGCAUGGGCGUUCCUCAAGCUUAUCGGCACUAAUGGUAUGCUGAAUAUUGACACUAAACUCCGCCUCCAGCUCUUCUGCCCUCCACCUCGGGUGACGAGAGACCCUAAAAAUAUUGAGGUGGUUGAGUGGUGGAGGAAAUAUCCGCGAAAUAAAUACGCAUCCACCCUUUAUGUCACAGUGAAAGGAAUUAAACUCCCUGAACAUGUGGACCCUAGUGUUCGGUCAAUGAUGGCGCUGCAGGAGGAGAGGGGUAGCACCUCCUACAGUGAACUACAGGAUGAGGUCACCAAGAGACGUGUGAGCCAGCCUCUGGACACCAAACCACCAGUGUUAAGAUGGAGCAGAUUACCUGGUCAGGUUUGUAGGAUUCCUAACAAGCCUGUGCUGUCGCUCCGUGGUGGUCAGAUGGGCUGCUUCACGGUGCUCUUCUCUAAUUCUGGGACCAAACUGGCAGCUGCUUGUGCUGACAGAGAUGCUUUCCCUGUUGUAGUGUAUGAGAUCCCUUCUGGCAAGGCGUUGGCUGCUUUCAGUGGACAUCUCAAAAUAGUGUAUGAUCUGUGCUGGUCCAGAGAUGACACCAGACUCUUGUCUGCCUCCUCUGACGGAACUGUCAGAGAGUGGAAUGUUGAGGGGCUUUCACCAACCGCCCAGAAGGUGCUCCCUCAUCCAUCUUUCGUGUACUGUGCCCAGUACCACCCCUCAGCCCAGAGGCUGGUGGUGACCGGGGGCUAUGACAGUGUGGUGCGAGUGUGGAGGCUCGACAUGGAUGAUGUGAACGGCCAACUACUGCACGAGUUUGAGGGUCACAGCAGUUUCAUCAAUACAGUGUGUUUUGACUCUGAAGGGAGGAGAAUGUUCUCAGCAGACAACACAGGCCUGAUUAUCGUCUGGAAAACGUGGGUGACUGACAGUACACAUCAUCAGCCUUGUCAUCACUGGUGUAUAGAGAAGAAAAUUGAUGAAAUCGACCUUCUCGGCAUCCCCAUCAACAUGCUGCAGCUCCAUCCAAAUGGGCGGAGCCUGCUCAUCCACGCCAAAGACAGUGCUCUGAGGAUGAUGGAUUUGAGAAUUCUGGCUGUGAAGAAGUACACUGGAGCCACAAACUGCAAAGAGAAGAUCUACAGCACUUUUACACCAUGUGGGAACUUCAUCUUCUCUGGAAGUGAGGAUGGCAUAGCGUAUGUGUGGAAUACUGAAACUGGUGACCAAGUCGCAGCCUACACAGAGCUUUUUUACCGAACUGCCCUCCAUAGUGUAGCAUUCCAUCCUCAUGAGAACAUGGUCGCUUUCUGUGCCUUUGGUCAGAGCCAGCCUAUCCACAUGUACCUGUACGACCACAAAGUUUCGCAGCUGGAGGUGCACAAUAUAAAAGGAAUGAGUGGAGCAGCUUCUGUAGACACCAGAACUGUCCGAAACACACCAGAUCCACCAGUUUUCCAGGACACUUCUGUUUCUUCAACCAUGGAUCAGUUCGCUCAUUCAACAAGACUUGCACUGAAAUUGCAGUCUGUCAAGGAACAACUAGAUUCAGUGCUUGAACCACAUCUGAGGUCGUCACCUUCUGGAUUAAUUUAUGAACAAGACAAAAUGGGUCUUUCUCAUGCAAUGAGGAGCUUGACUUUGGACAGUGGAAUGAUGGGAUUAAAUGCAUCAUUCCCACCUCCGUCUCACCUGUCUCCACACUCCAAGCUGCAGCUCUCGGGUUCUGUGGCGGAGCAGCUGAUCCCCUCGGCCUCCAUGAGUACCCACAACCGUGGUUUCAGUCCAGUGGGCCAGCGUUUGAGAGGAGCUUCAUCCUUCAGGCAGGAGAGGACCCUUCCUGAUCACCUUUCUCCAGGCAUACAUGUGGACACAGACACUACCCCUGUUCAGCAAAUAGUUGUGUCUCUCUAUGACUACAGAGCUAAUCGGUCUGAUGAGCUGACCAUGUGCCGCGGUGAUGUCAUCCAUGUGCUCUACAAGGACAACGACAACUGGUGGUUUGGACGUCUGGCCAACGGGCAGCAGGGAUACUUUCUUGCUUCUUACGUAGCAGAUGAAAGAAAAUACAAUGAAGAGGCUCAUGCAGCUCUGUCUGAUGGGACUGUGGACAGGUCCACACCUACCAGGGUGUCCGCUGCUAUCAGCUCCUCUGGGGAACUCAGGUUUCUCUCUGAGCCAACGCUUUCGGACACAGACCCUGAGCUGACUGACACCAGAACUAAGAGGAAGAAGAAGGUGAAGAAGGCAGGAGUCAACACACUGUCAUCUCAGGCCAUGCCUUCAGCUCCGGACACGUCAGGGUUGGGCAGCAGCAGGAGGGUCUUGACCACAGGCCGACCCCUCCCAAAGAGACCGACUGGUCGGACCAACAGUGCUUUUGAGGCUGACGCGUGAACUGACAGACGUGUUUAUUUCACUGCUUUUAGCCUCAUUUUUGUCAAAUACAUUUUUUAAUGCAAAAAACUUCAGGUAUUUUAUAUCUUUUGUUUUAUAUUUUUAAAAUUUGAAUAAUGUUCACAUUGUUUACUGUGAUUGCAAAAAAGUUAUGUAUGAAAUGAUAUGAAGUAUUUAUAACUGCAAAAAUUAAUUAAAUUGUGUUUGUUCUAGACCUCUUAGCCUGUAAGAGAUACAUAACCAAUAAAAUCCAGAUAAUUCACACUGA